GAGAGAAGUUGUUUGGUCACCAGCAAUUCACCGUUGAGCCGCCUCAAGUCAAGUUUCUCACCACUGCCUAGAAAAACACCUAAAUCUGAGGACUGAAUGUGUCCUCCCUGAAUGUUUUCCUUUUGGGGGGCAGAGGGAGAAAGUUAAAGACAUAUAGAAAGGAUUGCUAGUAGAAGGAAAGGAAAGAAGGCCAAAGGAAGCAAAUGUGGAGACCGUAACAACAGAACAGACAGAGAAAGAAGCCAGGAUGAAAGGGGAGAGAAAGACCACAGAAAAUAAAAGCCCAAAGGAGUAAGAGGAAAGAGAGAGCGAAAGUUUUAUUGCUGAGAAAAAUUUGUCUCCUUAAGUCCUCCAGGUCAAGAAGUCAGACCAACACAGAGCAUGGAAAGGAGGCAACAGACACGGACACUCCGUACCUGAUCCUGGAGAAGCAGUUCAGCCCCAUGGGGGUGCAAACCCAGGCCGUGACAGUCUCUGCCCUGGUAUAUUGCAUCCAGCUUCCCCUGGCAAGAUGUGAGGAGAAUUGCGUGAAUCCUGAACAUUGCCUGACCACAGAUUGGGUGCAUCUCUGGUACAUAUGGUUACUGGUGGUAAUUGGUGCACUGCUUCUUCUAUGCGGUCUGACGUCUGCGUGCUUCCGCUGCUGUCUGAGUCGCCAGCAAAAUGGGGAAGAUGAAGGCCGGCCUCCCUAUGAAGUGACAGUCAUAGCUUUUGAUCAUGAUAGCACUCUCCAAAGCACUAUCACUUCCCUGCAGUCAAUAUUUGGCCCUGCAGCUCGAAGAAUUCUGGCUGUGGCUCACUCCCACAGCCCCCUCGGCCAGUUGCCCUCCUCUUUGGACACCCUCCCAGGGUAUGAAGAAGCUCUUCACAUGAGUCGCUUCACCGUUGCAAGGUGUGGACAGAAAGCACCCGAUCUACCCCCAGUGCCAGAAGAGAAGCAGGUGCCCCCAGUGGAUGAGUCUCCUCGAGUAGAACACUCUUCAAACUGAUGGGAACUCUGGUUUUAUAAAUGGGGUGGCGGUUUCCCCAGAGUUGCUACAGACAGACAAAUGAAACUUUUUUCCCCUAACUUCUGGAAGAUUUAGGAUGACAAGUAAACAUUAUUCCGUGGAAAGGAUGGCUUCCAACUCUUCAUUUCCAGCCACAUCUAUUUUCUAAGAUGGAAUUGCUGUAAUUGGGAGCUCCAAUUCUUUCUCCAGUGGCCAAAAUUUGCAACUAACCUCUAGCAAUGCUGAUUAUUACCGAACCAAGAAAGCAUCAAAAGUAUCUUGAAUUUCUUUUGCUAUUGAGUUCCUUUACCCAUAGGAUACUGCAAGUGGUUUUUCUUUCUGCCAGCUAUAACACAACAAUACAUCGUAAUACACUGGGGGAGAAAGACAAAAGCGUAGGCAUAGCCACAGACAAUGCACCAAAGUCAUGAAUUCUUCCUCUUGAGAGAACAUUCACUUUUAUGCCGAAUGACAAUGACACUCUUGGACAUCAUGUAAUACCUAAGUGGAUAUCCAGGAUCCAUCCUUGCAGAUAUGGGCUAAGAGAACACAUUAUAGUAUCAAAGUGCCGAAUAUCAAGGUCUUUCUUUCACUCUGGUCCUACCCACUAGCAGUAUGAGAAACUGCAUAGAGUGCAGCAACAGUUUCUAUUCACUUGUCAGUUCCUCUGCCUAGCAAACACAUGUGCGUGCACACACACACACGUGCAUGCAUACACAUGCAUAUGCGGUCUUUUCUGAGUCUAGAAGAAGAGCAUCGUUUUACUUUUCUCUUUCUGGCUUUGACCACUUAAAGCCAGAUGUCUUGAGUGACACAUUCGAGUGGGGUGGCCUUCACUGCCACCUAGUGGAGCCAUGGUAGAAAUGGCUUUCCGCACGCCUCUCCGAGUCCUGGAGCAGCUGACUGAACUCAGCCUAGAAGGGAUCCUACCCGGGACACGUGGAGCGCUAAGCUGUGCACCUGACGUACUACUGGACCAUUGAGGAAGUGAAGUGUAUCGGGGGAAAAUAACUUGCCAGUCACCUUAGAUAAAUCAUUGAAAAUCUGUAAAGCAGUUUUCUCACCUGUAAAAUAGGGGCUAAUAAAACCUCCA